ACAAAAAGCUCUCAAAUGUUAGUUGAAGCAAGCAUUCCCGCCAAACAACCAACAUUUAUGGCUUCACGAGAAAAACAAAAUCUCUUCAAUCUUUUACAGAGUUGCAACACCAUUAAAAAACUCACCCAGAUUCACGCCCAAAUACUCACCAAAAGCUUCUCCCAAACAAACUCCCUUCUCGCCAAGCUCCUCUAUCUCUACGUCUCUUAUGGUUACAUCAAAGACGCGCUUUCCGUCUCCGAAAACAUUGACAAUCCAAGCACCACCAGUUGGAACCAAAUUAUUAGAGCACAUGGAAGAAGCGAAACGCCGAAAAGAUCGGUUGAAUGUUUCAAUCGAAUGGCGGAGACAGAAGCCAAGCCCGAUGGGUAUACCUUUUCGUAUCUUCUCAGCGCCUGCGCGAGGUCGGGGCUGUUUAGGGAAGGAGAACAGAUCCACGGGAAGGUUUUGGCAAAUGGGUAUUGCUCCAAUGUAUUUGUUGGGUCGAAUUUGGUUAAUUUGUAUGCGGUGGGCGAGGGAGGUGGCCUGGUCGAGUGUGCACGCCGAGCGUUUGAUGAUUUACGUGAGAAAAAUGUUGUCAGUUGGAAUUCCUUGCUCAAGGGGUAUUUCAGGUGCGGCGAUGUUGACGCUGCGCGAGAAGUUUUUGUUGAGAUGCCGGAGAGGAAUGUUGUGUCGUGGACAACUAUGGUUGCGGGCUGUGUUAAACAUGGGAGGUGUAGGCAAGCUUUGUCUUUGUUUCAUUACAUGAGGAAAACCCGAGUGGAGUUGGAUCAGGUGGCGCUCAUAGCGGCAUUGUCAGCAUGUGCAGACUUAGGGGAUUUGAGAUUGGGAAGGUGGAUUCAUUGGUAUAUUGAAGAAGUGUUGAGUGUUGAAAGCGAGUCGUUGUUGGUGUCUUUGAACAAUGCGCUUAUUCAUAUGUAUGCUAGUUGUAGUGCUAUUGAUGAAGCACAUAAAGUGUUCAAAAAUAUGCUGAAUAGGAGUAUUGUUUCAUGGACAACUAUCAUCAAUGGGCUUGCGAAACAAGGACGUGGGGAGGAAGCCCUCCGUUUUUUUCAGAGAAUGUUGUGCUCGGGAGGGAGUGAUGUAAGACCCGAUGACAUAACCUUCAUUGGGGUUCUUUGUGCUUGCAGCCAUGCCGGGUUAGUCAAUGAGGGUAGAAAUCUUUUCACGUACAUGACUGAAACUUUGGGAAUCACCCCAAGGAUCGAGCAUUACGGGUGCAUGGUUGAUCUCUUCAGCCGUGCCGGUUUCCUUGAUGAAGCGCAUAGGGUUAUCGAAACUAUGCCCAUGAAGCCAAACGACGCUAUUUGGGGCGCUCUCCUUGGUGGGUGUAGGCUUCACAAGAACAGUGAGCUCGCGUCUCAAGUUGCUCAAAAAUUAAUACUUCAACUCAAUCCCGAUCAAGCUGCAGGCUACCUUGUGUUGUUGUCAAACGUGUAUGCCGCUGCGAAAAGGUGGAUAGACGUUGCCUUUGUGAGACGGAAGAUGGUUGAGAUGGGCGUGAGAAAGCCUCGGGGCCGAAGUUGGAUUCAGAUCAAUGGAGUUGUUCACGGUUUUGUGGCGGGUGACACAGAUCAUAUGCAUACUUCUUCAAUCUACAAAAUGCUUGCGGAGAUUAGUACGCAGGCCCAAAGGCAAGCCGACAAACUGGACGCAUCAGAUGUGGUUUUAUGUGUUGAGGGACAUUGAGGUAUUAAGAAGAUUUUGCUCUUUUCCUCUUCUUACAUGAUAUGCACCUAGAUUUCUUGAAUUGUACA